AUGCUCAUUUUUGCUUGGUUAUUUUCCAUUUUAUUUAGCCUUCCACAGCUUUUUGUUUGGACAACCUACAAUCCUUUUAGAAAUUCACAAUCACAGGGAUGGGUGCAAUGCACGGAUAUUUGGAGUAUUGACCGCUAUGAGCGUUAUCUACUAGAACAACAACAACCCAAUACAAAUAUUUUACAAAAAAAUAAUUCAAAUUGGGAAGAAUUUGUGCUUAGUCCUUUAAUUCAAAAUGGCUAUGAAUUAACACAUUUAUUUCUGGUUUUUUAUGGCCCCUUAAUUGUUUUAAUUAUUUGUUAUGCGUUAAUAUCAACAAGACUUAUUCGCUUUGCAGCCAACAAUCCGAGAAAUAUUGCAAAGACCCCACAGUCAACGGCCCAACAAAAUUGUUCUGUCACCAACAACGAAAUAAACAAUCGAAAAAAUGGUUGGAAGCGUCGUUGUAGUAAACGUGCUUCUGUUAAAAGUUUCCCAGCAGUUAGAUUAUAUUGUCAAAUAAAUGAUAGUAGAGACUGUAUUCAUCAACCUGUAUUAUCCCCUACACCAGAAAAAUCAUCUUUUACAAAUGAAAAUGAUUGCGAAAUUGAUAAAAAUAAUAUGAAAAGUAGUGAAGGUAAUGGAACGAAAAUUUUGCUUUAUUUUAGGGUUCACGUUGUUCUAUCAAAGAAAUGAACAAAAAUAAAUUUUUUUAAAGAAAGUUUAUUAAUCUGAACCUAAAUUUACUCGUAAAAAAUUUUAGGAUGUGGGCUUAGAUUCGGGAGAGCUUAAGGAACUCUUUUUAAAUCUUCUGACCUCUCAAAAUUUUUUUUUGAUAAAUACGAAACUUAGUUAAACGUAAAAGAAUCUCGGUUUCUUGGAUUUUAAUGUAGCCUUUCCUCUGAAAUCUGUCCUGAGAUAGGGAGGAACUAAUAUUUUGGAGGAGAUGAAUUUUGAUUUUCUCCUCUUCCUUUUAAUCUUCAGAUCCUCCAGAAAUUUUUUUAAAUAAAAUCUUAAACACAAAAAGGGAAAGAAACACAAGAAGCUCUUAUCUAGUCUCAUAAAUUCAAACUUUUAUGUUCAAAUAAUUUUUUUCUCUCAUUAGAUUUGCCACAAACUACUUCCCCAAUUCCUCCUCUCAACGGCGCAGUUUCUCCAAAUAAUAAAAAUUAUAUAAGAAGAUCUAGCCGUUUGUGUAACUGUAGAAGCUCAAUUUCCACAAAUUCUUCCUCCAAUUUUAUCCAUUUAACACCCUCUAAACAACAAAAUCAAGUUGA